UGGUAAUUCUUACUCUUUCCCUUCUUUCCCGUUGAGAUCUUCUUCCCAAGAUCCGACUUCCUCUCUCUCUCUAGACUACUUACUAUAUGCUUCGAUACUAAGAAAGGAAUACACUCAUAGAUCUGGUUUCUUCUUUAUCAGAUCAAAUUGGGGAGAUAUCCUAAGAUGGGAAGGAAUGGGAAAUGGUUUUCUUCUGUCAAGAAGGCUCUAAGUCCUGAAUCAAAGGAAAAGAAGGAGCAGAAAUCAAAGAAGAAAUGGUUUGGGAAGGGAAAGUCAACUGUUCCUGAUCAUGAACAUGAAGCAACUCCUCAUCAUGAAAAUCCACCCACCGUCCUCCACCAUCCUCUUCCUCCUCCAUCACCAGCUCCGCCACUGGAAGUGGCGGAAGUUGAGGAUGAACAGACUAAACAUGCUUACUCGGUUGCUGUCGCAACUGCUGCUGCAGCCGAGGCUGCAGUUGCAGCAGCUCAAGCGGCUGCAGAGAUGGUUCGUCUCACAGCUGCUGUUCAGUUUCCUGGAAAAUCAAAAGAGGAAGUGGCUGCAAUCAGAAUUCAAACCGCAUUUCGUGGAUAUCUGGCAAGGAGAGCAUUACGAGCUCUAAGAGGGCUUGUAAGACUUCAAAAACUCGUGGAGAGUCCUACUGUGAAGCGACAAACUGCAAACGCUUUGAAAAGCAUGCAAAAUGUUGGACGAGUCCAAGCUCAAAUUCAGGCUAGGCGAAUGAGAAUGCUGGAAGAGAAUCAAGCUCUUCAGAGACAACUGUUACAGAAAAGAGCAAAAGAAGAAAGCCUUCAGACAGGUGAGAAUUGGGAUGACAGUGCUCAAUCAAAAGAACAAGUUGAAGCCAGCCUGCUGAACAAAUAUGAAGCAGCCAUGAGAAGAGAAAGAGCACUUGCUUACUCCUAUUCUCAUCAGCAAACGUGGAAGAAAUCUGCAAGACCGGCGAUACUUAUGUUUAUGGAUCCAAAUAAUCCGCAUUGGGGCUGGAGUUGGCUCGAGCGAUGGAUGGAAGAUCGUCCUAUGGAUGCAAAAACAGUAUCAAGCGAGAAAGAAUCCAACGUAAUAAUAGAUACUGGUGGUAGUGCGGGUGAGAUCACAAAAGCAUUCGCCCGUCAUCAACUCAACAAUUCCGAAAAACCUUCCAUUUCCACCACCCCUCAAUCCAAGCCCAUUCGUCCUCUAGUGGCCCGGAAAUUGAAGUCUGCAAGUCCUAGGGGCGGGAAAGUAGCCAUUGGGCGAGAAGAUGACGAUGCAAGGAGCGUUCUUAGCGUGCAGUCUGAGAGAAACAGGAGGCAUAGCAUAGCUGGUUCGUCGGUUAGAGACGACGAGAGCUUGGCGAGUUCUCCAUCGUUUCCAAGUUAUAUGGCGCCAACUCAGUCAGUAAAAGCUAAGUCGAGAUUGCAAAGUCCACUCGGAUUGGAAAAUGGGUCAUCGGAAAAAUCACCAUCUGUUGUGUCGGCUAAGAAACGUUUGUCUUUUCCGGCUUCUCCAGCUAGGCCUAGACGUCUUUCUGGACCUCCGAGGAUUGAGACGAGCUCAAACGCAGAAAAUAGUAAGAUAACUGGGGUGGGUGCUGCUGCUUGAUAUGAUGACCAUAAUAUUCUUAUCGAAUUUGUACUUUAACCAUAUAUAUUCAAAUUAUUUUUUUCAAAUUUAUUCAUUGCUGUAAGAUUGUUGUUUGAAGUUGGUGCCUGUGAGUCGAUUUCGUCGAACUUGUAUUGCUUUUCUAUUUAUUUUUUUCAUACUUUAAUGGAUGUUAUUUGACAUUGUUUGUGUAUGAUAGUACUUUUAGAAUGUGUU